AUGUCUGACAACAAGCAGGGAGGAAAGUGGUCCAACCCGGCCUUUCUCCUUAGCCUGGUUGUUGGCUUCUACGGCGAGCUGAAGAACGGCAGUCUCCCGCAGGAGGCAAAGGACCGUGUCGAGGCGAAGCUCCAUCGCGAUGGCUUUGGGGACACCACGUGGGAUUCUGUCCGGUAUGUGGCUGAAGAUAUCAUUCUCAUUCCCUUCUCUACACACUACGCACCCAUCUUGCCAGCCCCAACAUCUUUCCCUGACACAAACCUUUUUUUCCACAUUCCAUCUAUUAUUCCCCAUCAACCAACCCAAUACUACACGAACAUAAUCACCAUGUCUGAGAAGUCUGCUCCCGGCGGCAAGUGGGCCAAUCCGGCUCUCCUCGAGGCUCUGGCUAUGGGAUUCCACACCGUUGCCAAAGGCGAAGGCCUUACGAAGGAAGCCAAGGACGCCGUCAUCCUGAAGAUUCAUGCAUAUGGCUUCACGGAUAUCACCUGGGAAGCUGUCCGGUGUCAGAUCUUGGUCUCUAUGGUCAAGACAAUGGUUCCAUCCACUGACCAGUACUCACUCAUCAUCGAAGAGCUUCAUGCCCUCGGUCAUACAAUGACCGUUUCUGCCUUGAAGUGCGCCUUCCACAUUUUCCCUUCGGCCUUUCCCACUUCUGCCUCUCCAGCACUCUCCUUCCCGCCACUUCCCACAUAUGCCCCCAGAUCAAGCGAUCUCUCAGUUUUUUCCUUCCUUAAACUCUCAUCUUCACUCCUAUUUUCACUCCAAUCACCACCACUCGCCUAUCUCAUUACCACCUGCCUUACAUUACCAUUUUCAUACCUCCCACUGCCAAUCAAGAUGGCUCCAGUCACCGUCUGGAACGAUGAGGCCCGAUCUGACCUUUUGGUUGCGCUUCUGUCGGUCAUCAAGCCCUCUAAGGAGGACUGGGACCGCGUUCUUCCUAUAGUCCAUGCCAAGGGCUAUGUCUACAACGCCAAUGCUGUCACGCAGCACAUCCAGAAGCUCCAGCGCAAGGAGCUUAACGCCGGCGACGGCGGCGACGGUGAGGCAUCUGCCUCCGCCACUCCCAAGAAGGCUGGCAAGAAGGCUGCUACCCCCAAGAAGGCCGGCACCCCCGCUACUCCCAGAAAGCGCAAGACUCCCGCCAAGUCCAAGGCCAAGGUCGAAGAGGCCGAUGAGGAUGAUGAGGACGACGAGAAGGAGGCUCCUCCCCCCAAGAAGCCAUGCACCCCUUCCUGCCCCAGCAUGAAGGACGAAUUCCACGAGGACACCAAGGACACCAAAACCACCGGCGCCAAGUUCGUCCCCAUCAACGCGGAGAUCUAG